AUGAGAGCUGCAGCGCACAGCAACUCUCCUACACCAAAUGGAGUCCUGUAUCAAAGUAUCGAAAUAGCCCACCGAGGUCUUCUCGCUGCCGGCGGCAAUCCCAAGAAGCGCGGAAGAGCGACACGCCCAGAUGGAGAUGGAGAUGAGAGGAAAAAGAAUGGCCGGAGAUUGGGAGGCGUCGAGGUCGAGAUGCAGCCCGAGGCAUCUCACCAGCAAUUUCCAGGCACGGCUUGUACGGCUUCUGCGAGUACUUGGUACAGUGCAGGCGCAGCGCAUCGCAUGCCACGUAUCAUGCAUCAACACCAAUGCUGCAGCUACAGCGGUAGUACGUCUAUUAACAGAGCCAUCCAGUGUCAAUACGACGCCAGAACCAAGAGGGUGGAAAGGGCAGCCAAAGUGGUUGGAUGCUGCGUAUUGGGUGCUGGGUGCUGCUAAUGCAAGAAAUAUCACCUAG